AAUGGGUGGUGAUUUUUGGUGUGUGUUUUGGUGGCACGGUUCAAAUGAAUCACUGCCUUCAGCCGAGGCAGUAAUGUUCCUGAAGUUUUCUCUCCGAUCCGUUUUCUAUGGAGCUGGAGGAGGAAAUGACAUUCAGUGGUGUUUUUCUCAGGUGAAAGGCGCUGUAGAUGAUGAUGUAGCAGAAGCGGAUAUAAUUUCUACAGUAGAAUUCAACCAUUCUGGAGAGUUGUUAGCAACAGGAGACAAGGGAGGGAGAGUUGUCAUCUUUCAACAGGAGCAGGAGAACAAAACCCAGUCUCACAGUAGGGGAGAAUACAAUGUUUACAGUACCUUUCAAAGCCAUGAACCAGAGUUUGACUACUUGAAAAGUUUAGAAAUUGAAGAGAAGAUCAACAAAAUUAGGUGGUUACCCCAGAAAAAUGCUGCUCAGUUUUUAUUGUCUACAAAUGAUAAAACAAUAAAGUUAUGGAAAAUCAGUGAAAGGGACAAAAGACCUGAGGGUUAUAAUUUAAAGGAGGAGGAUGGACGGUAUAGGGAUCCUACUACAGUUACAACACUACGGGUGCCAGUGUUCAGGCCUAUGGACCUCAUGGUGGAAGCCAGCCCACGAAGGAUAUUUGCCAAUGCCCACACAUAUCACAUCAAUUCCAUCUCCAUCAAUAGUGACUACGAAACGUACCUGUCUGCAGACGACCUGCGGAUCAACCUGUGGCACCUAGAAAUCACAGACAGAAGUUUUAAUAUUGUAGAUAUCAAGCCUGCCAACAUGGAGGAGCUGACGGAGGUGAUCACAGCUGCAGAGUUCCACCCCAACAGCUGCAGCACGUUUGUCUACAGCAGCAGCAAAGGCACAAUUCGCCUGUGUGACAUGAGGGCAUCAGCCCUCUGUGACAGACAUUCAAAGUUGUUUGAAGAACCAGAAGAUCCUAGCAACAGAUCAUUUUUCUCUGAAAUCAUCUCUUCCAUAUCUGAUGUCAAAUUUAGCCACAGUGGUCGAUAUAUGAUGACUAGAGAUUAUCUGUCAGUGAAGAUCUGGGAUUUAAAUAUGGAAAAUAGACCUGUGGAAACAUACCAGGUGCAUGAAUACCUCAGAAGUAAACUCUGCUCACUGUAUGAGAAUGAUUGCAUUUUUGACAAGUUUGAAUGCUGUUGGAAUGGAUCAGACAGCAUUGUCAUGACAGGGUCUUACAACAACUUCUUCAGGAUGUUUGACAGAAACACAAAGCGAGACAUCACCUUGGAGGCGUCGCGGGAGAACAACAAACCCCGCACGGUGCUGAAGCCGCGGAAGGUGUGCGCCAGCGGCAAGAGAAAGAAGGACGAGAUCAGUGUCGACAGCUUAGACUUCAACAAGAAGAUCCUGCACACAGCCUGGCACCCCAAGGAGAACAUCAUUGCUGUAGCUACCACAAACAACUUGUAUAUAUUUCAAGACAAGAUGAAUUAGGGUUGGCAUUCCUAACUGAAGAGUCACUUCCUGCAUAGUUGAAAUAGUUGAAUCUAGCAUUUGUACCUGUAACAAAAGCAAGUGAGAGGUCCAUUAUGGCACCCCUUUCCAGUGUUUAAAAAUGUGCCAUAUGACAACACACUUUUAUAGCUCCAUGGAGAAGGCUCUGUGGCUCUGUUGUCUCCGUACCUGCUAGCCAUUUAGGUGAGGAUAGGGCACUUUUUAAUUUAAAUGACUACUUGCACCAUCUUGCCUAAUGGACUAGACUGGACUGUCUCAACAUCGGUUUACUCCACUUUUUAUGCCUUCCAUUGUGAUGACGUCAGACACAGGGAAAGCCUUCAAUCAUGCUAUGGGAUUUAAUUGUGUAACCUCAUUACUGUAUCAUUCGUGGCCCCCUUUUUUUAUUAAAUACAGCUCAUUCUUGCUGUGGCUUGUAGCAUUCCUCCUCCUUCUGGCCUCCUGGACUCCCCCUUCCCCCUUCGUCCCCCCUCCACCUCGCCUCGGUGGUGGUGUAUGGAGAAAAAAAUAAACAAAAUAAAGCACAUAAAAUGGGUCCGUUUGGGGUCAGUGGUAAAGGGGGUCUGUGUUGCAACAAAUGUUUUAAUAAACAGUUGACUGUAAUCACUCCUUGCCAUGUCUGGCACCAAAAAAAAGAGAAAAUAAGGAAAAAAACAAACUACUGAAUAAAAGUGACAAAGAAUGGAGAA